UUGACACUAUUUAUUUUUUACCUUUGGUCACAGCCAUGUCAAAAGACGUUCGUCGCCUAUUUGCAGCCCAAAAGGCCGCCAAGAUUACAACAGCAGGAGCAGGCUCUACCUCACCAUCUCUCGCAUCGUCCUCAUCAUCCGCCAAACGAGUCACCCAUCCUCUUGCAAAAUAUGAUCCAAAGACUUUUCGUCUCACAUGUGCCAUUUGUGGCCCAGCUGUGUCCAUUAAAUCAGACAGUCUCUGGAAUGCUCAUUUGGUCUCUAAAUCUCAUCAGGAGGCGGUUGCAAAACUAAGGGCUGUCAAGGAGCAGGUGCAAAAGAAAGAAGCUGAGGCGGCAGAAAGACUUCGGUUACAACAAGAACAGCAAAAAGCACAAGGGCAGGCACAACAAGGCGUCAAGCGGAAAGCACCCGGAGGCCUUGUCGCGUAUGUAGACGACGAUAGCGAAAGUGAAAGCGAGGAUGAAAAGAAUGAGGCAUCGGUGACCAAGUCUUCUGUUCCUGCUGCGUCAGAAUCAAAGCGCGUUAAGAUUGACCAUAAUACUGUAGAAGAAGCUCAUAGACAGGCAGCUACUGACAUUGAGGAAGAGGAAGAUGCUAUGGCAGGUUUACCAGCUGGAUUUUUUGAUUCAUCAAGUGCAAAUACAGCUGUAGAAGGAAAGAAUGAUGAAGAGAACGGUGUCCAAGAAGCUGAACCUAUGGAUGGAGUAUUACCAGCUGGGUUUUUCGAUGAUCCUGAGGAGGAUGCUAGAGCUCGAGUAGACAUUGGAGGGGCGACAGCUAAUCAGCAACAGCGUCAAGCUGAUGAGGAAUUUAAAGCACUGCAGGCAGCGCUGGCUCAAGAUAUGGAAGAACUGGAAGAGCAGGAGGCAGCAUUACGUUCAGGACAGGCAGUGGUAUCAGUGGCAUCAACAGCAACGCAGGGCCCACAGACCUCAAGUGAACAUAUUCCAUACGAAGAGAAGGUUGAGCUAGAGGAACAAGAGCUAGAAGAAAGUAUUCUAGCCCGAUCAGAAGAGGAAUAUCAGCUUUUUGUGGAGAUGCAAGAAAGAUUGGAUGCAUUGCGCGAAAAGAAAAACCGUUUAUUGGCAAUGCAGUCAGCACCCUCACCAUCAGAAUCAAAAGCGUCGUCAAUAGCUACUUCUACUGGAACAAAGAAGCCAGUAAAGAAAAAGAAGAAGUCGAUUUUGGAUCUUGUAAGGGAGCAAGAAAAGGCAAGGAAAGAGAAGGAGCGGCUGGCAGCACAAGAGUUUGCCAAGAUGAGUGCAGCAGCUGAAGGUGACCGCAGAAUGACAAGUGAUGACGAUGAAAGUGACGAUGACGAAGAUAUUGAGGCUAUGAUGGACUGGAGAGCAAAGAGGUUCUAGGCGACCUUGAGUAGAAAAGUAGAAUAAUAAACACUCAU